CCUUGCUGACAUCACGGCUUCAUUAGCAUGCGGAGGAUGGGGGCGCUGCUACAGCCGCUUCCCCGGCACCGCCGGCCGCUCAGCCGCCCUCAGUUCUUAGGAUUUUUUGGCCGAGCUGCACGUUUGUUGGUUCAGUGGCUUGGGCUCAGGAGCGACUGGUGACACUGAGGCUGGUGUCUGACCUCCUGCAGAUUGUCGUGAAGAGGAUACGGGUUCCCAGGAAGGUGGUCGGAGCGCGUCCUGGGGUGGAUAAAAGUCACCCGUUUCCCCCCUGCUUGGUGAAGUCCCCCGCAGGGUCUGCACCCUGCUGUGCGGUCCUCCCUGGGGAAUGCAAAGAACAGCUCAGCCUGGAGCCGCCUGGGAGCUUCAGGAAGGGUCUAGAUUUGAGACUGGGGUUUGAGAAGAUCAUGUCUUGCCUGCCUGAGGUCCUGUGUGCGUUCUUGGAAGCCAGACCCAGGGAGAAAGUGAACUGGGGCAACUGACAGGCUACGGGGUCUGGCGGAAGCUUCCUCGCAGACUGGACGUUCUAUCCUCCUAGAGCUGGGAAGAUCUGCCUGCACUGCAAGUGUCCCCAGGAGGAGCACAUGGUGACAGUGAUGCCGCUGGAGAUGGAGAAGACCAUCAGCAAACUCAUGUUUGACUUCCAGAGGAACUCGACCUCAGAUGAUGACUCGGGCUGCGCCUUGGAGGAGUAUGCCUGGGUCCCGCCGGGGCUGAAGCCAGAACAGGUGCACCAGUACUAUAGCUGCCUCCCAGAAGAGAAGGUCCCUUAUGUCAACAGCCCUGGCGAGAAACUGCGAAUCAAGCAGCUGCUACAUCAGCUCCCGCCCCAUGACAAUGAGGUUCGUUACUGCAACUCCCUGGAUGAGGAAGAAAAGAGGGAGCUGAAGCUCUUCAGCAACCAGAGGAAGCGUGAGAACCUGGGCCGAGGGAAUGUCAGGCCGUUCCCCGUGACCAUGACCGGAGCUAUUUGCGAGCAGUGCGGAGGCCAGAUCAACGGCGGGGACAUCGCCGUGUUCGCGUCGCGCGCAGGCCAUGGCAUUUGCUGGCACCCGCCCUGCUUCAUCUGCACCGUCUGCAACGAGCUCCUGGUGGACUUGAUCUACUUCUACCAAGACGGAAAGAUCUACUGCGGCAGGCACCACGCAGAGUGCCUGAAGCCACGCUGCGCCGCUUGUGACGAGAUCAUCUUUGCCGACGAGUGCACGGAAGCUGAGGGGCGGCACUGGCACAUGAAACACUUCUGCUGCUUUGAGUGUGAGACGGUCCUGGGCGGCCAGCGCUACAUCAUGAAGGAGGGAAGGCCCUACUGUUGCCACUGCUUCGAGUCCUUGUAUGCGGAAUAUUGUGACACCUGUGCCCAGCAUAUAGGCAUCGACCAAGGUCAGAUGACCUAUGAUGGCCAGCAUUGGCACGCCACCGAGACCUGUUUCUGCUGUGCCCACUGCAAGAAGUCCCUCCUAGGGCGGCCGUUCCUCCCGAAGCAGGGCCAGAUAUUCUGCUCCCGGGCCUGCAGUGCCGGGGAGGAUCCCAACGGCUCCGACUCUUCUGACUCGGCCUUCCAGAACGCCCGCGCCAAGGAGUCCCGCCGCAGCGCCAAGAUCGGCAAGAACAAGGGCAAGACAGAGGAGGCCAUGCUGAACCAGCACAGCCAGCUGCAGGUGACUUCCAACCGGCUGUCAGCAGAUGUGGACCCCCUGUCCCUGCAGAUGGACCUGCUCAGCCUGUCCAGCCAGACGCCCAGCCUCAACCGGGACCCCAUCUGGAGGAGCCGAGACGAACCCUACCAUUAUGGGAGCAAGAUGGAGCAGAACCAGUCCCAGAGUCCUUUGCAGCUCCUCAGCCAGUGCAACAUCAGAACUUCAUACAGCCCAGGGGGGCCAGGGGCAGGGGCCCAGCCCGACAUGUGGGCCAAGCACUUCAGCAACCCCAAGAGGAGCUCAUCCUUGGCCAUGAAAGGGCACGGAGGCAGCUUCAUCAAGGAGUGCAGGGAGGACUACUACCCCGGAAGGCUGAGGUCCCAGGAGAGCUACAGCGACAUGUCCAGCCAGAGCUUCAGCGAAACCCGCGGCAGCAUCCAAGUCCCCAAGUAUGAGGAGGAGGAGGAGGAGGAGGAAGGGGGCAUGUCCACCCAGCAGUGUCGGACCCGGCAUCCAAUCAGUUCCCUGAAAUACACGGAGGAGAUGACACCCACGGAGCAGACGCCUCGAGGCUCCAUGGAGUCGUUGGCCCUGUCUAAUGCGACAGGCCUCUCCGCGGACGGUGGUGCCAAGCGCCAGGAGCACCUGUCCCGAUUUUCCAUGCCUGACCUCAGCAAAGACUCUGGCAUGAACGUCUCCGAGAAGCUGAGCAACAUGGGCACCCUGAACUCGUCCAUGCAGUUCCGCAGCGCCGAGUCGGUGCGCAGCCUGCUCUCUGCGCAGCAGUACCAGGAGAUGGAGGGAAACCUCCACCAGCUCGGCAACCCCAUCGGCUACAGGGACCUGCAGGCCCACGGAAGGAUGCAUCAGAGCUUCGAUUUUGACGGGGGGAUAGCAAGCAGCAAGGGGCCGGGCCAGGAGGGCGUGAGGAUCCAGCCCAUGAGCGAACGCACGCGGAGAAGAACUACAGCGCGCGACGACGGCCGCCGGUUCCGGCCACACCGCUCCCGCCGCUCCCGGCGCUCGCGCUCGGACAACGCCCUGCACCUGGCCAGCGAGCGCGAAGCCAUCUCGCGCCUAAAAGAAAGGCCCCCGCUGAGAGCCAGGGAGGACUAUGACCAAUUCCUGCGCCAGCGCAGCUUCCAGGAGAGCCUGGGCCAGGGGUCCCGGAGGGACCUGUACGGCCAGUGCCCCAGGACUGUGUCGGACCUGGCUUUGCAGAAUGCCCUUGGCGAGCGCUGGGGACCCUACUUCACCGAGUACGACUGGUGCUCCACCUGCUCCUCCUCUUCCGAGUCUGACAACGAGGGCUAUUUCCUGGGAGAGCCCAUCCCACAGCCCGCGCGCCUGCGAUAUGUCACGAGCGACGAAUUGCUGCACAAAUACAGCUCCUAUGGGGGCCCCAAAUCAUCCACGUUAAGCGGCAGAGGACAGUUGCAUAGCAGGAAAAGACAAAAGAGCAAAAACUGUAUCAUUUCUUAAUGUGAUCGCGGUCAGGGAGCGGGGCAAGGCGGGAGCUGAGAAUGUACAUUCAGAAACUUGCGAGUUUGGAGCGCUUUGGGGUGGGGGUGGUGUUUGGGCAAGCAAAGGGGAAAUGACGGAGGCGAGGGUAUGGAUGGACUCAAUUGGUAGUCACAGUUAUUGGCAUGUUGAAUCUUAUUUGCACAUUUCACUUUGGAAACACAGUAGCCCACGGCGGCCAGGGUUGGUCACCGCAUCCUUCCCACCGACUGUGGGUGGGGUUGCCGGCCGGCCAGCCAGCAAAUCAUUUCCUGCUUGCUUUUAUCUUCUUCUGUUGUUUUUGCUUUCAAGACCUCUAAGUAAUUUGUUUAUUAGCCAGGACCCAAGACUUAAGUUAUUUCCAUGUCCAUUGUAAAUGCAAUGUAAAUGAGAGUUCUGAUAAAAUAUUUUUGUAUUUUGUAAUAUCAAAGGAAUUUCUAUAUCGUAGGACUCAGUGGGGACUUGCAUGCACAUCUGGCAUUGUCUUUGAGUAGUAAUCCAAAGGUGGCCCAGGACCACCUGGGUUUUUUUUUUUUUUUUUCCUAUAGAAAUUUGUUAUAUGUCCGUGAGACUUUUUUUCAAAGGAGUAUAUUCAAUUUGGCGUUUUUGUGGCUGGAAAAAAAAAAUAUUAUACCCAAAGCAUUUUAUAAGUUUGCUCCCUUCCUCAGUAGAAUUUUUUUUCUCUACAAAGUGCUAGUACUUCUUCUUCUUGGAUUGCAAAUGUAACUUUUGCCAAUUAGAGAGACCAACCAGUGCCAGUCCAGUUCCGUGAGAAACGCCAUCCCUGCUGGGAACUUGAAGUUGCUUACUCUUGCUCUGUCCCUUGGGGGAAACACACGUGACUGUGAGUGAUGCCGUUGUGUGUGAUGUCAGCAUGACGUUGUUUUGAAUGUGGCAUUCUUUUCUGGUGCUCAUGUUUCCUGGAUUGUAUUAUCUGCUUUCCUUUACCAAGGCAGACAGAACUGCUCCCUGCACCUGACAACCAGUUGUCCUCAAAGCAAAUGAACCGAAGCAUUUGGAAUCGCAGGACAGAAGGGGUCCUGGGAGUCCCGGUGUGUUGCAUGUGACGCGUGGAGAAGGAACAAGGCAAUCAGAAAACAGAAAGCAGGUCAAGGGUAGACAGGGAAGGAGACUCUAAAGGAAGAUCAGGGAAGAAGAACUUCGGGAAAUGAAAUAAAGGAGAGGUGACAGCCCCUUGCAUAGCCCCGUGCUGUAGAAAGAGAAUCCACCUUAACAAGCUGAGUCAGACUUUGAAAACCAGACUUUGUUAAAAGGGGCGGUUGGGUGGGGGGGCAGAAUGUUCCGUUUUGAACUUGAAGGACUGUUGGUUAGACAGAAAGUGGGUGCAGAAGUGAGUUUGCUUAAAGAAGACAUUUCACGGUUGUGCUGUUUAUAGUAAAAUAGAACUUCCUACCUUGCUUCAGGUAAAAAUGAAGCCCUCGCUUUCUCUCCCAUUCUCUUCCUCCCCGUGAUGGAUUGUGGCCGUUGAAAUAAUCCGUCGGAGGACCCACCUUUAGUGAGCUGUACCGUCAGUGUAGUACACGGUGUGUCUCAGUGGUGUCUGCCAUGCUGAGGUGAGCGUGGUCUCUUUUCAGUAUAGUACUUAACAUUUUCUAGUAUUUUUUUUUAUGGAGAGAAUGUGAAAAGUAGCUUUUCAGACACCAUCCCACAUGGGUCUGGGGGAAGGAAAGGUGUCAAGGAUGUGGUAGUGACACUCCAUUCAGGAUGUAUUAAAAUAAUUUGCUUUUCAGGUAUUAAUAAGACAUUUGUCAUUGUCACUGAUUUUUUAAAAAAGCAAUGCAAAUGUUGGUCGUGGCUGUUUUCCGCAUGCUAUCUUCAUAUCUAAAUGCUUCAUUAAUUAUCCGAGCCUCUGGAGAAUUAACUAUUACGUUUGUAUAGUAAGUUUGUAAACUGCUUGGCAAACUGAUUAAGAAAUAACAUGCAGCACCAUGCUACUAAAGUGGCAGAUUUCUGGUAGAAAUUGAGCGAGUCCCAUUUGGAGCUUUGAGUUCUUUAAUUGAUGAGAAUAAAAAGGCACUUGGGGAAAAAGAAAAGAGAGGGGGGAAAGUAGAUCACUGAACUUAGCAAAUGGUUGAAAAGCUGUACGUCCUCUGUGGCCCCACAUUCAGUGAAAGAAAAUUCUCCCAGUGAAAAGUGGCUUUCAGUCUCCAUCCUUCCCAAAACACUUUUUACAUUUCCCACAUGAGGCUUUCACCAGCAUCCGCAGAAAGCGGGUAGCCUAGAACGUGGCACACACCCAGAGGGGUCUAAAGAGUGAGUGACUUCACAUCCCCCUGCUCCGAGCCUGAAGGAGAGUGAGAUGCCAUCCCCGGGUCACACCGUCUGCCUUCGGAGAUCCCCUCCACCUGCCGCACCACUGCAGAUGCCUGCUGCCCACGCACGUGCAGCCAGGCCCCUUACAGAGGCUGCUGGUGGAGGAAGGCCAGGUCCUUGCAGUGAGGCAACACAUCCAAGUCGAUGGAGGAUAGCCUUCCCCUUCUGGGAGACCUUGUGUUGGGAGCCCCACUGCUGAGUGAGAACGUGCACCUAACACCCCAGAAUCCCAUUCCCAGAAGUCCAGUGCAUUCUUCCCUGAGCCAAGAAUGCAAAGUCCUCACCUAUUUCCUCCAGCCUCACCAUUACCUCUUAGCGGUCAGGUUUCUCUAGUGAGUGGGGUCUGUACUCAGCUCUUCCUUGAUCAUUCCUUCUUCUUAGUAGACCAGUUUUCAGAAGAGUGAUCUUUUCCCAGUUUCUCCACUUCUGUGAUGCCUCGAUGGUUUUUUCUUUUUUUUACUACCUCUCCUAAUAUUGAUGUUCUUGUCUUCUGAUAAAACAGCAACUCUGCAGUUCAUUCAUUUCCUGCUGCAGCUAAUUUCGGUGGCAGGAGACCAAUUUCUUCCCAGGCCCAAGAAGUGUAAGUCGUUGACGGUUUCCGGAAUGCCCCGCUGACGCACGCCGCCCUUGGUACUAUGAAAACAUUGCUGAGCAGCCUGGCGGCAGUGAGCCCGGCAUGCUGGGGCUCUUCCUUCUGUCGCACAGUUCUGGGAUCUCUACCAAGUGUGAAGGUGAAUGAGGUGAGGGAGAUGAGAGCCAUGCUUCUGGCUUUCCGCACGUCCCAGGGAAUUCGCCCUCGUGGUGUUUGAAACCUUUCCACAUUCACUUCUUGAUUCUGUAGUCCUUCCUGUCUGCCCCAUGCUGAACACAUGAGUAAUAUUGUGUUUCUAGCAUGGUACCUGGAGGCUGCAUUUCCUCAUCCUCUUUUACCAUGCGAUGCUCCUGCACUGUGACACAAUUGAUUUCCUCUCCUCUUCCAGCAGCUUUCUGCUCUUGAGUAUACCACCAACCAUGGUGGAGUUCAGAGGGGACCAGUAAUAGCAUCCAUAUAGCACUGCCCUGGAUCAAUGCAGACUUUCCUAGAAAAUGUGGGUACAGCCUCAGAAACCUUUGCAGUGCUCCUACCAGUGAGGGCCUGUUGAUCAGAACCAAUCUUCCUAAUGAUCUCUCCACCCUAGGCUGUCUUGUCGUGGAAGGAAAACAGUGCACCAGACAUGUAGGAAAGCAUCAUUCAUAAAUAAUUGAGACUCCCAUUCCUCUGCUCCCCAGAUGGAGGCUAACAGAAGCUGACUUCCUGGGCUAAAUGAAGACAAAUCUCUUUGGCCUCCUUCUUCACACGUUCUUUGCCAAUUAGUAUCAGCAGCCUUCUGUUUAUUUUGCAAAGGUCAAGUAAGAGUCCAUCUUCUUCUUCAUCUCAUCCUACCUUGUAGCGAGAAAUAACAUAAAUAUUUAAGUUCCAAGGAGAAGUGCUCUUUGUGUCUUUCUAACAGAAAGUAGAUUCUAACACCUAAGGAAGAGGAUCCAUGCAUGACAAAGGAAAGUGGAAAAUUGAACCAGUUUCCUUCAUGCCAGAAGAGUUGCUGUUACCAAGUGUUUAGCACCUUCAGGGCUUCGAAGCGGGCUUGCACACCGCAUUCCAUAUGCAGUACUCAUCAGCCAGCCUCCACUGCGGGUUUUGAAGGCAGUUUCCCAUGGCUGCCUUUAGAGAUGCAUUUCUUUCAACCCAAGAGAAGAGGAGAUAAAGGGACCUUGUCUCCAGUGUUUUUUCCCUUUGGGACCUCAGCAGACCUCAGAGCUUGUUUGUGUGACCAUUUGGAUGUAGUCAUCAAGGUUAAGAUCAAGAAAGAAUUGGAUUCUUUUUCCAUUUUCUCAUAACAGCCCAGUCAACACAAGACUCCCAUAAAACAUGACUCACUGUUGGGAGCUAGACUAUUUUAUAAGCUUACUUCCUGCUGACAGAACUAGCUUUUUCUCAAGGGAAUAAAAUUGAGGAGGAGAAAGUCACAUCGUGCUAGCAAAUCAUUUCCAUAAAUUUCAAUGUGAUGCAUCCACAGGAUAGAAAACGUGUCCUGUUCUGUCCUGGGAGUUUUCUGAGCUAGCCUUUGAACCUACUGGGCAAUUGGCCAUUAACGCUCAGUGCGUCGCUGAUGACGUUUCCCUCAGUUUUUCAGCGAGUCACUAGGAAAGUCUAUUUUCAAGCCUAUCAGGUUGAUUUCCAUAUUUUUCCAUGAUUAUAUAUUGGGAUUCUAACACAGACCCUGACUUAACAUUCGAAAUCCUAUGAGUCCACCAUUUUCCUUGGAAAAUUGGGAUUUCAGCAGUAUUCCUGCUCUUAAACUGUUCUUUCCCACACAGGAUUGCUUUACCCCUCUUAAACAAAACUUCGCAGGGCCUGGGAAGGGGAGGCAGGCCAGAGUCUGUGUUACGUGUCGAGUGUCAAGCGAUCUGUGAGGAAGGCCUGCCACAGGCCUUUGGGCGUGUGCUCUGCCAGAGACUGUUCCGAACACUUUGCUUGAGAUCUGUGCCCUGUAAAAUGGAUAUGAUGUUUUACUGAUGUCUGUAAUACAUUUGUAAACUUCCAAUAAAAUUUGAAUAAAAGAAAUAUUGCUGUCUUCUCAACCCUCCCUCACU